CUCAUCUGCACAGACCUUCAGCAGCGCGUUGCAGUCGUGUCGCAAAGGGUGGCUUGCGAGCGCAGAAAAGGGAAAACCCCGCAGUUCACUUACCCACCUACUUCCUAAUUAGAGUGAAUGAGAGAAGGAGACUGUGAAUUUGGUUCAGAUCAUAGAGACAGCAGCACAGCGCAGAGGUUAUCAGCAUGAAUGCAGCGCGUGAUCACUAAUAAUAAUAGGCUACUAUUAAUGCACAUGACAUAGCCAACUGUCAUUAUCUUAUUAUACUAGUUGCAUGAGUUAUUGUUUAGAAUGUUAAUUCAGCUCAUUUUCUUCAUUUAAACUUUACAAUUAGACUAUGAAUUUAAGUCCUUCAAUUAGCUGUUCCGAACGAUCUCCUUGUUUAGCUACUUUAGGCAACAUGAGGUGACUUUCAACUUUGGAUCAAGUCAACGGAAUCAUCUGGCAUAAUGCUGCUAAAAGGAUUCGUCUAGGAGCCACAUAUCGCCUACCUGAGUACAAUGACCAUGAGUGACAGUAAUCACAUUGCGCGAUCUGGCUCACCAUUGGAUCUUACCAACAAGCGUGGGAUCUGCGCGCAGACUGGAGACCAGCGUCGCCCAAGACAAACCCCAGAAACACAGGUGAGGUCGGCGCACAAGUUCAACGGGCACGGAGUUCAUCCUAAUGAAUCACGGGACACUUGUGAUGGCUCUGUUUCAAAGACUACCCAAACUGAUGAUGUGAGUGACAGGGGAAACAGGACGCGCGAGGGUCCCACGCAUACCAAACCUGUGACCCCAAGCGCGAAGUGCAACAAUCAGACGGACGCUGCGGGCAAGGAUUCCUCAUUCUCCAAGCUUCCUAUCAGGAAACGUCCUUUCCCUGUGGACGUGGAUCAUAAUCCAAGUGUUUCACAUAACCAGAGUCCAAAAGUGCGGAUCCCCGAGGGAACUCACAGAGACGCAGAUGCGCGGCUGAUAUUGAACACAUCUUGUACACCAUAUCGUUAUCCUUGCAUCCCUUGGCCUCAGCACUACGGCAGUCCACAGAAACCCAUGCACAUGCCAGUUCCUACUUUUUCACCUCCUUCACCGCUGGAGAGCACAGAACGGCUGCUCGCAGAUAUUGCUGCAGCGACACGUCAAGAUGAAGACGGUGAUACGCCUCUUCACAUCGCUGUGGUCCAGGAGAACAGGGCGUUGGUUGUUUGGCUGAUUGAACUAUUUCGAUGGGGCCAUAAAGACCUUGACAUUUACAAUAACCUACGACAGACUCCUUUGCACUUGGCUGUAAUCACGCAUCAGCCUGCUGUGGUGAAGGCUCUCCUAGAUGCAGGAUCAGACCCUGGAGCUCUGGAUCGUAACGGACAGACUGCACAGCAUUUGUGCUGUUGAGCACGGAGAGGCUGAAUGUCUCUCCAUUAUCCUCAGAC